ACUUGUGUUUAUAUUGCGGGAUCUGCCCUUGUUUCUCUGCCUGCGAAUGCCUGACUGGGCCGAACACUAAGGAGAAAAAUCUGAAUUUGGGGUGUUCUUCAAAACAAAUCGAACAACGCAACAUGGAAACUAUUGGCGAGAUCAUCCCAUUUGCUAAGGAGAUGUUAAACCAGAGGCCCAGCCGGGGCAUGCUGAAGAUCUACAUGCUCGGCUCCACUCUGGCGAUGCUCGGACUGGUCGGUGGACUCGUGGAAACGGUUCUCCUGCCAUUUGUGGAGCAGGAGACCACUGAGGACACACCAGCCGAGCUGAUCAUGAAGGAGAAGAAAGAUAAGAAGCAGAUGUUGAAGUCACAUACUACCGUGGUCCACCCUGAUGUUGUAGACGUGCCGGAGACGACAGUGAUAGAGGUCAAGGCCAAAUAUCUGGCGACCUUUGGGCAGAGAAGCUCAGCUAACCGCUUACAUGCUUCUUAAAGAAACUCUCCUCCCCUUCUGAUGUAAAUGGACGUGAUAUGUACAAUGUUGGUGGUAGUGGUGGCAGAUUUAAUCACCACGUUGAACCUGUCACUUUGGGCUUGUUCUUUUACUUCAGAUGAGAUGCGUAGAUACACUGAAAACUGCAGGGUACAGUAACGUCUGGCUGCUGGGCAGCAGAUUCUUGUGGAUGUGAUUUGAUGAAUGUGUUGGGAACAAAAGGGAAUGUGUGUGAUCUGAUUCAUUUUGCACUCGAAUAAAGCCAUUUUCAUCUGGCAACUGA